AUGUCUUCUGCCGAUAAACUUGAUUCAACUGGGAGAUCUCGUGUACGAGCUUCCGAAACAACUCCGGCAAAAAUUGGUUCGGAAGAUACUGGUGGUAAGACUAAAGUCAAACGCGGCGCUAAAACUGGUCCAAAGAGCUCUUCAAAAACCUCCAAAAGCUUCAAAGCUGGACUUACUUUUCCAGUUGGUCGUAUGGGACGACUUUUGAAGAAAGGACGUUAUGCCGAUCGUGUAGGUGCAGGUGCACCUGUUUACUUGGCGGCUGUUAUCGAAUAUUUGACUGCCGAAGUUCUUGAACUUGCUGGUAACGCUGCACGUGAUAACAAGAAACAAAGAAUUAUUCCAAGACAUUUGCAGUUGGCCAUACGUAAUGACGAAGAACUAAACAUCUUGCUGAGACACGUCCAUAUCUCCGAGGGUGGUGUACUUCCAAACAUUCAUGCUGAACUUCUUCCUAAGAAGAAAGGUGAAAAAAUCAAGUCAAGCACAGAACCUCCAAAGAAGCCAAAAGCAAAAUCAUCUUCUCAAGGGGCAAAAACGACCGCUGCUGCUUCUUCUUAA